AUGGGCACCCAUGUAGAUGGUCUGAAAUUCGCAGGAGGCUCUUUCUCUCUCUUCCAGGAAAAGCCCUUGAGAGAACUGAUAGACCUCGCCCACGACUACGGUGUUUAUGUUUCAACUGGGGGAUGGGCCGAGCAUCUUCUCACACAUCCCGAUGCCAAUUCUGUCUUUGAUAAGUACCUCAAGAAGUGCAAGGAUCUCGGAUUCGAUGUUAUUGAACUCUCAUCUGGUUUCUUAUCGUUCCCAGAAGAUGACUGGCUUCGCCUGGUUGACAAAGUCCACACGUACAAGCUGAAGGCAAAGCCUGAGCUCGGCAUUCAGUUUGGUGCUGGAGGUGACACACCUGCUUCCGAUCUUGAGGCUCUUGGAACUUCCGACCCAGGAAAGCUCGUUAACAUGGGCCGUAAAUUCCUCGACGCGGGUGUGGAACGCUUGAUGAUCGAAUCUGAGGGCAUAACAGAGAACGUGCAGUCAUGGCGGACUGACGUCGUGUCCACAAUAAUGAAGGAAUUGCCGUCUGAGCGGGUCAUGUUCGAGGCGGCAGAUCCCAAAGUGUUCAAUUGGUAUAUCAGGGAGUUCGGCAUCGAUGUCAACUUCCAGUCUGGGUCCUGGAAUUUCUUCCGCCUCGCAAUCCAACAUAUCACCGAGAACGGACCCCGCGUCUUGGCUCCGACGUUCCAUGCAUCCAUGAAUAUCCCGUGGCCUGACCCCUUGCGCAAAGACGCUUACAAUUCUAAGCCAUGCCUAGGGCUAGUACAGCUCCUGGCGCACGGCUUCGAUGCCGGAGAGCUUGCGACAGCUCGUCGCAAGGAAGCGGAAUGCAGCUUCUCAGAUAAACCGGCCCGCUUACUGAAGGCUAAUGCUCCUAAGGAGACUAUGCUUCUUAGCGAGCACAUGGUGCCGACUCCGCAGAGGCAAACGGCCAUGGAUCGCUUGCUGAACGCCCUCGAGGAUCAUAGUGCAGACUUGGAGCAACAAACAACGGAUGACAAAGACGGGACGGCGCCUGUGCCCAAGGUCGCCAGACUGCUUCGUGAUGGGCAAGGAAAAUUCAUGUAUAUUGGCGACUCUGCGAGCUUAUCGUUCCUGCAAAGUGUACGUCGUAUCGUCUCUUUGUCAAUCGGGCGAUGCGAGUUCACAGAGGAUACGUCGCGGCACUCCAUGCUUGAGGCUUUUCAGAGUAGUUCGGCUGCCCAAACAGGACCGUUAUCUGCACCGCCGAGUAACGACGAGGCGCAACGACUCGCUCGUCAAUAUGUCCUUGCUACCAGUCCAUUACUGGAUCUAUUCGAUCUCGAGGAGUUCUAUCCCCGGCUCGCCAACUGGGUUGGGAAUCCCACUGGCGAUGAAGAUACUGUCAGCUCGAUCUUCUACCUUGUUCUCGCAAUCGGAGUUCAGGUUUCGGAGAUCAAUCAGGAUCUCGCUGAACAGUACUUCGUCAGUGGCCGCCAGCUAGCAUUCUCCGCUUUCACCGAAACCCCCAGCCUCUACACGAUCCAAUCUUAUGUCUUGAUCUCAAUGUAUAUGCUUGGUGCGUGUCGUCGCAAUGGCGCGUUCAUGAACCUGGGAAUCGCCUUACGGGCUGCAUAUGCCGUUGGAAUUCAUCGAAGGGACGCGAAUGCCCUAUUCUGCACUCGGGAGCGUCGGGCCCGGGAGCGGGUUUGGAAAAGCUUACGGAUGAUGGACCUGUUCCUUAGCGCUUCCUUAGGGCGCCCUCCGGCGACCUCAGAUUUUGAUUCUGAUAUAGGUGAUCAGGCAACAAUUGCAGGGGAGCAACAGCGAUCCCAACCUGAAGCGCAGUUAUCCCUAUGCGUGGUUGCAUUAUGCCGUAUCUUUGAUCGCAUCCUGACGGAAGUCUACAUGAGACAAGUCGUCUCGAUCAAUGUUGCGGAAACAAUCUCAAAUCAGCACCGCGCUUGGGUCCGGAACCUGCCAACUUUUCUUAGUGCCCAGACGGAGCGUUUAAGUUCAAAAAACCUUGAGAGUAUGCUGGCCGCGGCGCAUGUGUUCGGCGCAUACUACUGGUCUAUCAUCCUGUUAACUCGGCCGUUCUUCAUAUUUCGGGUGUCUCAAUACGUGAGAAGUAAGACUGAUCCGGCUAUCAGCUCCAACGAUCCAAGAGCCAGCGCCUCUCGCAUCGCUCUUUUCUCUGACGCUUGUGUCUACUCUGCUCUACGCUGUCUCAACAUUGUGGACGAUCUGUCUCGGUUUGAAGCUCUACCUCGGAGACUACCUUUUCUGAUUAAUUCAGUUUUCAACUCGGCCGUCGUUUUGGGAGCAGCGUUUUUUGCUGAGUAUGACAAUCUUCUUCCGCUCGAGGAAGGCCUGGACAAGUCCGAAAAGUUUCUGGGACUAUUUGUACCACAUGAUCCGCACGCCUGUCGUUUUUACCAGAUCAUCAAAUACCUGCGAGGCGCGGUGGCCGAAUAUGUUCGCCGUCGAAACCGUCAAUGGAUGGAACGCCGGAGCAAACAGGUCGACCAGCUGUUUGGCCAAGUAGGGCUUACAAGAGAACCAUCAGCCUCCAACGACAACGUGGCUAUAAGCCGCAGUGGCGAGCAGUCAGCCCCAUCUCCCUUAUCUCCAGAAAAGCUCGCUACAGGCUCGCUUUCUGCGGAAGGGCCGGAACAGACAGCCUCCACAGGUCAAUCGGAGAAUGACAUUUGGAAUACCCUGUGUGGUCCUCAAGGAGCGGCUGCGCUGCCGUACGAUAAUACUAUAUCUACUUUGACAACAACGGGAAUACCCAUUGGUUGUUCACCGGGAGGAACCCUCACAACCGCUCAAGCGGGAAUGGGAACAGAUGCCGGAGGGCAAACACCCUUGUCCGAUGUACUAUUCUCGGAGAACGGUCUUCUCUACAUGGCAGAAGACCUCUCCGUUUUUGGCCUCUGGGGAGAGACUUGA